AUAUAGUACCUUCAUAGAAUGCCGAAAAUGACCCAGGAUGGAAAUGUUAUAACAGAGAUGACAUUGCUUUAUUCACCGCCGACUGUAAUGCGGUUGCAGAGAUGAAUUAUGGAUAAGGAAGGACAGUUGCCUUGUCUGCCAAUCAGAAUGAAAAGGUCAGUCAAUAGGGGAUGGGGGAUAAAAUCGUCAUUUCGUUUCAUUGUGCUGAUUGGUUGCUUGCUUCAGUAUCCAUUUUGCCGGACAAAAUCAUUCAUGUGUUUACAGCAGAAGCAGUGAGUAACAAACAUGGCAAACGCGUCAGAAGAUAAUGGAGCUUUCAUGGAGAAAUUUGUGCUAGAACCGCCGCCGGGCUCCUCAUCUAAUCCUCAGCUCCCAUUACACGGCCUCACUUUUGCUGUCAAAGAUAUAUUUGAUGUAGCUGGGUAUGUUACCGGGUUUGGUAAUCCUGAUUGGGCAAGGACUCAUUCCGCCGCAACAUCAACUGCUCCAGCUGUUCUGGAUGUCUUGAAGGAUGGGGCAAAAUCAAUUGGAAAAACUGUCAUGGAUGAGAUGGCAUACAGCAUAAAUGGAGAAAAUAUCCAUUAUGGAACCCCGGUGAAUCCGUGUGCUGCAGAACGUGUACCCGGUGGAUCUUCCAGUGGGUCUGCUGUAGCAGUUGGUGCAGGACUUACAGAUUUUUCAUUAGGAACUGACACUGGAGGAAGUGUGAGAGUUCCAGCCUCGUACUGUGGAAUUUUCGGCUUCCGACCUUCACAUGAUGCAGUCUCUACUUCUGGAGUAACUCCCAUGGCACAAAGUUUUGAUACUGUGGGAUGGUUUGCGAGGGAUCCAAUGAUCUUGAAACGUGUUGGACAUACUCUACUUCAUUUGCCUGAUCAGGAUGCUGCUCUAAUACCCACCCAGGUGAUUGUAGCAGAUGAUUGUUUCGAGCUUUCAAGCAUUCCACAAGAUCGAAUCCCCGGGAUUCUCGUUAGUUCUGUGGAGAAGCUUUAUGGGGCAAAUGUUGUAAAGCAUGCAAUCCUUGGGGACUAUGUUCAAGAGAAAGUUCCAAGUUUGGGGCAUUUCAUGAGUAAAGAAACCAAAACCAAAGAUCAAGAGCACAACAACAUACCAUCAUUGGCAGCACUCUCUACUGCUAUGCGCCUGCUACAGAAGCAUGAGUUCAAGAACAAUCAUGGGGAAUGGGUUACUACAGUGAAACCUGAUUUUGGUCCAGGACUAGCUGAGAGGAUAUGGGAAGCUGUUGAAUCGACGGUGGAACACGUAGAAAUAUGUCGAUCUGUGAAGAGCGAGCUACGAGAUGCUCUUUCAGCUCUUCUUGGGGACACAGGGAUCCUGGCCAUCCCAACAGUUCCAGGUCCUCCACCAAAGCUACAAACAGAUGCUACCACACUCGAAGGAUUUCGCGCCAGGGCUUUCAGCCUUCUGUCCAUUGCUGGAGUAUCAGGAUUCUGCCAGGUGAGCAUACCGUUAGGAACACAUGAAGAUCUUCCGGUAUCGGUUUCAUUGAUAGCGAAACACGGCCAGGAUGGUUUCCUCCUCAAUCUGGUUCAGAAUCUUUAUGGAACUAUCAAAGAACAAGUUCAAGCUGUCCAGAAGUAGUAACAUGCCAGCUUUUUCUCGCCCCUGUGAUUGUUGUCUUUGUCUGGUCAUUUGAUCUUGUUCAUUUCAAUGUAGUGGAGGAAACAUAGCUGUGAAUGUUGUUGAAUGAGACACCAUAGGCAAUUGGUCAAAUUAAAGUAGCAGUUGAUGUUGUCCAUUUGCGUUAGUUGGCUUUCUGGUUCACUGUCUAUUUCUUUUCUUCCCAUGCACCCAAAAUUUGACCAGGAUCAUCGACUCGCAGGCCUGGUGAUUAGUUUAGUUAACACAUGUUUAAUGUUUGUAUAUAAUAUAUGUAGCCAUUACAGCUCCUCUUUUUCCUAAACAACUAUAGUAAUUAGCCCACUAUUAUAUUUCUUUUAAUGGAUUAUCAUCUUUAUUGGUUUUAUAGGGAAGAAUAGGGGACAAGACAGACUGUGGAUUUGUAAUAUUCAAAUUGAGAAAUGACUAACCAAAAUAAAACAUCAUCAUCUUACCUUCAAUCGGAUGUAUUUAUGGAGAUCUGGCCAAACUCAAAGUAAAACUUACUUGGAUGU